UUGGAAACCUGAGCAAACCAAAAAUCGAGGGAGGUAGAAAGUACUGGAGACCUACAGUUGGCCUUGAGCCUUGGCUUAGUAACAUCUGUGCUUUCAAGCAUAAACUCUGUGCAUGAAAAUUUAUAUCCCACCUAAUGACUUCUGAAAUUGAAAGGCUUGGAGUUAACAUCUUUGUACGCCAUUGUGCCAUGAAGCAAUGAUGAUUCCCAUCCAGCUGCCUAAAGAGAAAGAGAUAAGACUUUUAUGGAUGGAUUGUUUUUCUCAAAUAAUAUUAUCGCUUUAUGAUUAAAGUAAAGAUUAUUAAUUCCUGAGGCAAGAAGAUAUAAAAGCUCCAGAAACGUUGACUGGGACCACUGGAGACACUGAAGAAGGCAGGGGCCCUUAGAGUCUUGGUUGCCAAACAGAAUGCCCAUAUCCGCCUUAUCCGUAAGGAAGCUUGCCUUGGGCGCCCUCUGCUGGCCCUCCUGAAGCUAACAGGAGCGAGUGCUCGGUGGUUUACAAAUUGCCUCCAUUCAGAUUAUGAAACUGUUCAGCCUGCUAUAGUCUCUGGCACUGGCCCAGGAGGUCUUGCAGAUUUGCAGAUCAAGGAGAACCCAGGAGUUUCAAAGAAGCGCUAGUAAGGUCUCUGAGAUCCUUUCACUAGCUACAUCCUCAGGGUAGGAGGAAGAUGGCUUCCAGAAGCACGCAGCUGCUCCUAUUGCUGAGCUGCCUGGCCAAAACAGGAGUCCUGGGUGAUAUCAUCAUGAGACCCAGCUAUGCUCCUGGAUGGUUUUACCACAAGUCCAAUUGCUAUGGUUACUUCAGGAAGCUGAGAAACUGGUCUGAUGCCGAGCUCGAGUGUCAGUCUUACGGAAACGGAGCCCACCUGGCAUCUAUCCUGAGUUUAAAGGAAGCCAGCACCAUAGCAGAGUACAUAAGUGGCUAUCAGAGAAGCCAGCCGAUAUGGAUUGGCCUGCACGACCCACAGAAGAGGCAGCAGUGGCAGUGGAUUGAUGGGGCCAUGUAUCUGUACAGAUCCUGGUCUGGCAAGUCCAUGGGUGGGAACAAGCACUGUGCUGAGAUGAGCUCCAAUAACAACUUUUUAACUUGGAGCAGCAACGAAUGCAACAAGCACCAACACUUCCUGUGCAAGUACCGACCAUAGAGCAAGAAUCAAGAUUCUGCUAACUCCUGCACAGCCCCGUCCUCUUCCUUUAUGCUAGCCUGGCUAAAUCUGCUCAUUAUUUCAGAGGGAAAACCUAGCAAACUAAGAGUGAUAAGGCCCCUACUGCACUGGCUUUUUUAGGCUUAGAGACAGAAACUUUAGCACUGGCCCAGUAGUGGCUUCUAGCUCUAAAUGUUUGCCCCGCCAUCCCUUUCCACAGUAUCCUUCUUCCCUCCUCCCCUCUCUCUGGCUGUCUUGAGCAGUCUAGAAGAGUGCAUCUCCAGCCUGUGAAACAGCUGGGUCUUUGGCCAUAAGAAGUAAAGAUUUGAAGACAGAAGGAAGAAACUCAGGAGUAAGCUUCUAGCCCCCUUCAGCUUCUACACCCUUCUGCCCUCUCUCCAUUGCCUGCACCCCACCCCAGCCACUCAACUCCUGCUUGUUUUUCCUUUGGCCAUGGGAAGGUUUACCAGUAGAAUCCUUGCUAGGUUGAUGUGGGCCAUACAUUCCUUUAAUAAACCAUUGUGUACAUAAGAGGUUGCUGUGUUCCAGUUCAGUAAUGGUGAAUGUGGAAAAGUGAAAUAAGACCAAGAAAUACACCCAA